AUGGACAGCGUGCUCGUCAUCGGGGCGGGCGACCUCGGCCUCUGCGUCGUGCAGGCCCUCGCGGCGCAUGCCAAGCGACAGGACGUCAGGGCGUCGGUGCCCGUGAGACAGGCGGCGCCGGCCAAGAAGCGCACCGUCGAGAACAUCAGGCGCCCCGGCGUGCAGUUUGAGCCGGCCGAGUGA